GAGCAGUGGGCCACGGCUGCAGUUUGCUUUACUGGGCUAUCUUGUCUGAUUUAUCCUGGAUCGGUCCAACCAGCCUUGGCUAUAAAUAGACACAGAGGCCACUGUGGUAGUGUCAAUGUGUGUGUAUCUUUAAGAAUUCAGCUGUAAUUUGAGCCCUAUAGGAGAGAGGCAGAGAGUUACCUCACACACCAACACCCCCCCCCCCAUCAUCGCUCCUGUAAUCGAGUGUCGAGCUGCAUGAUCCGCACCUCUGCAAUCAUGCACGUUUCGUGUCGGAUGGGAUUCUCGGUAAACACCGCAAAGCUGCCGCGGACACGGAGCUCCUGUACCGCCGCAUCCCCCACAAGUUGUUAGCGUGUGCGUGGAGCAAGAGGCGGGCUUCUCUUAUCACAGAAAAAAAAUGACUCGACAUGGCUGUAGCUUUGACUCAACAUACACGGCUUGGCGGACGAUAACCGGAACCAUAAGCAGCUGAGGGAGUGAGGCGCAUAUCAUCUUAAUGAAAGUCAUAAGUGGGGUUGGGUGGCCAUGGACCCAUUCAGCCAGCUUAUUCUCACCAUCUCGGUGACCAGUUUCAUCACCUUCCAGUGGCUCUUCCACAAAGUCAGCCCCUGGGUGUCCAUGCGCAUCAGCUCCGGCUUCCUCAACCUCACUGACAAGCAGAAGGUGGAAUGGAACUCAAGGACAGUGUCAACGUUUCAUGCGCUGUUAGUGGGAAUCUUCUGUCUCUACAUCUUGUUCUUCGAUGAUGCCGUCAAUGAAGACCCAGUCUGGGGAGAUCCUACACUGGUGAAGACUAACGUUGCCAUCACAACAGGCUACCUCAUAUCUGAUCUGCUGCUAAUAUUUUACUAUUGGAAGGCGAUAGGCGACAAGUUUUUUGUAAUUCACCAUCUGGCAGCGUUGUAUGCUUACUACUAUGUACUGGGCCAAGGAAUGUUGCCUUAUUUUGCUAACUUCCGUCUGCUUGCUGAGUUUUCUACACCAUGUGUGAACCAGCGCUGGUUCUUUGAGGUACUAGGUUAUCCCAAGUCCUCCCGGCCCAACAUGGCGAAUGGCGUUGCCAUGGCAGUAGUCUUUUUCAUGGUCCGCAUCGCCGUCAUGCCAGUCUACUACAUCCGCAUGUAUGCGGUCUAUGGCACUGAGGCCUUCUACCAGGUCCCCUGGGGUGGCCGCGUAGCCUGGAUCUGCUCCAGUAUCUGCUUGGACAUCAUGAACGUCAUGUGGAUGCAUAAGAUCGCCCGCGGCUGUUACAAAGUGCUGCGCUCGGCACGCCAGAGCAAAGCUGGCGCACCUCAGGAGAAUGGGAAGACGGAUUAAGGGAACCAGGGUGUCAGUGGUGAGAAAACGCCACAAUGGAGACAAACUGAUGUCACUCUCAGUGCACUGGGGAGCCGGAGCUUGGACACUCACCUGUCACACCAAGGAGUGAUAUUACAGGACCGAAUGUAAAUGAGGGAAACUUAGCUUUUUCUGGAAAGCGGGUACAGUCACUGAGAUACACUGAUGGACCGUUGAAGUGGCCAUCCCUAAGCCAUGAAAUGACCUAGCAAUACUCUGUGUGCAUGGCCAAUUAUUUUUCUCUUGAACAAUUUACCACUACACAAAAGAGUUUCGUCCUGGGACAAUGGACUGUUAGCCCAAACACAAAUUGUCAAAAAGUUUACCGUUCUUUACAUACUCAGUGCUCAACAGAAGACUUUUCAAUGUUUUGUUGUUUUGUUUUUAUAUUAUUACUGCUCCCUGAGUCCCAGAAUAAAAAUGGUGAAUACCUGUCGAUGAUAGUGAGGCAAAGAUUUUAGGGAACCUCGAAAACAUUGAGUGAUUCCUUAAUGAUGGUCAGUCUUGAGCUUAAUUUGCAGGGACUUGACAGACACAAGAUGGGAUUACAUCAAGUGCAAUCACAGAGAUGGAUAAAUCCGUUCAUCACUCACCCACUGUCAUUCAGUUAAGAGGUUCAUUUAAAAAGCCAGCCUUUUAAGACGUCUAUAGAAAUAUUGCGAGUCUUGGUUGCAUUUUAAGUUGAUUUAUAUAAUGCAGGGUUGAACGGGCAUUGGUACACUGUAUGUAGUCUUUUGUCUUGCUGGGGUCGAGGCAGAUUGGAUUAAAGAUAACGUUUUUAAUGAAAAGGAUGUACAGAGUACCUUAGCGAUGCUAAAAGGGAAACUGAAUGUCACUGCUGUGUUUGUAUGUUGAAUGCAAGAACAUUAAUUUUCUGUAUUAAUGUUGAGCCAACAGUUUUCAUCGAAUAUUUAAAUCCACAUGAUUUAAUGCGUACACGGCCUGAUAUUUCACAGAAUGGAAAAUAUCAUUGCAUAAACACUGUUUUGUGGGAGCCAUGAUUAUAUUUAUUUCACAUUGUUCGAUGCAUGUUGAGGGGUGAAGCUGAUUUGGAUCGCUAAUGCGGAAUCUGUCAUAUACAAACCUUAAAAAAUGAAAGUUAAAGGCAGCGUGACGACAGGGCAACUGCUUCGACAUGUCCAUUUAUGCUAAAAGGUUUGAUGGGAAAUGUUCUGACACUCCUAUAGUUUUCCAGCGUCAGGUGACCUUACGUUUAUAUAAUGAUCACACUUGCUAUUUAUGAUCUUUUAGGCACAACUUUACCCCCGGGCAACACUUUGCCAACAAGCUGCAUGCUGCUAUGUGUGUUUACCAUGAAGAAAUUGGACGUUUUAUCCAGCAAAUUGAAUUCAGUACAUGCUUUUGUUACAUUUUAAAUGAAUUUGUUUCUGCAGACAUGAGUUUGAUAUGACAUUAAAUACAACAAUCAGUGUUUCAGAUGGUAAUGGCUGCAUUUGUCAAAAACAUUUUGUUGUUUUUUAAAGCAUUGUUAUACAAAUAGCUUCUGCCUCAUGUUACAUAUGAUCAAUCAGCUGUUAAACAAAUAUUACACUUCAUAUUUAUUCCACUGAUACAAGGAUUGCGUUUUGUCGUUAGUGGGCAGAAGUAUGAGGUGAUUCAUGUUGUAAUUGUUUUCCUAAGCAUCAUUCUACUGACAAAGCAGCUCGUCAUCGAACACUGAACACAGGAGCAAAUCUGUUCAAAGGUUUUUACGACAAAUGUAUCAUUUGUUCAAAUAAAAAAGUUGCGAUCAGUCGUUGAUUUACGGAACAUGUACUUGAAUUUUCACUGUAAAAAUGUAUCUUUAUAUGAGCUGUACAUCCGAAGCUUCUGUCAAAUGUUUUGUGAAACGGAUACAGGGAUUGCUAGUUUUUCGAAAGCCGCCUUGAUAUGUUCAGCGUUUGAUUCCGUUGCCUUUUUAAAAACCAACUUAUGAUUGCAUAGUUAAUAUUUUGUUACAUCCAACUCCUUACAACACUGAGAAAUGUUUUCCAUGUCUGAUGCCUGUCUAAAGUGAUUGUUUGGCCUUUGUAAUAGUUUCAAAUGUAAAACCAAGAGGCUUAAGGCUGGUUGUUUCAGUGCUUUUUUUAUGGUUUAAAAACACAAAGAUUUACGUACUUGUGCCAGUGCUUCAGCCAUUACCACCCCAUAAUGAAGACUUUUUGUCAUAUCCAUUUUCAUACAACAGUGCCAACCAGUUAUCUGAUGGUUCAGACUUAUUCUGUUUACACAACCAUCUCUGCACGCUGUAGCUAGUUAGAUGAGGCUCAGUGGAGUUCAGCAUUAAAAAACAGGCGUGAAAGACUUUUAUCUCUCACGCCAUUCGAUCAAAGGCAGUGCGUUUGGAACAGGACAGACCUGGGUGGACGUCAUCUACAUUACAUGUGGAUAUCACCAUCUCACAUCUUAGAACAGAGUCAGGAUGUUUGUUAAUAUUUCACUGGAAUUAAACAGAAAUCAUGUAAGGGGUUUCAGGACAGCGGGGCGCUUCUGUCAGAAUCAGGGGUGGCUCUGUAUGCAAGGUCAUGCAUGGUCAAUAUUCUUCAUGCACCCUCUAUAACUGCAUGUGGUAUUGCAUGGGGAUUGCACUGUAAACAAACUAGCAUAUACAUUUGCAAGACAAAUUUUGUUCUCUCUUUCCUUUCUCUUAGUACAUGUACAUAAUGUUUACUUAAACAUUAUUCUUGUACUGUGCCACAUAAUGUAAUCCACAGACGGUGAUGAUGAUGAUGAUGUGACGAGAGCAUCAUAAGGCAGAUAUUUAGUAUAAUGCAGCACAGAAGUAAUCAGUAAAGGGAAUACUUGAAUACUAAUCAGCGCAGCCUAUAAGAAUCUGGGCAGUGCAAAUAAACAUUAAUCCUACGAGCAUCUUGCGUUAUAUGCGUACCAUUGUCUUUAAUUUAAUAAUCCGAGAGAGGCAGACGUACAACGGAGCAGAUGCUGUGGUGACAGAGAGCAUGGUGCUGCUGUCGCGUAGUCAAACUGGUGUUGGUGUUUCUGUUCUGAAUGUGGUGUGGAGAGAUGCGAGUAGGUGGAGUGUUUAGUGACAUUCUAUGAAUGUAUUGGAGGAACGAAAAAUAUUUGUCAUUUGCAUUUUCAUUUGUUCUUUACAAUAAAUACCAAAUUAACUCGU